UUUCCUUGCGAUAUGUUUCUCUUGAACACUGUUUAACAAUGAAGAAGUGUAUACUCGUUUGUAUAUCAGUGCUUACUAUCCUAGUAGGUUUGGCAGAGAGUGAAAAUUCAUAUGAAACAAUCAGGCUUAAAGGAAAAGGAUUUAGCAAUGUCGCACAUACAGUUGCAUUUACGAAGAUAUCAGGCGUAGGGGAACUUUUCUGGCUGUUCUGGCCGAGUCUUGCCGAAUACUCCCCUAAUCAACCUUUAAUAGUGUGGCUAGAUGGCGUUACAGGCGUCCCGCCAAGUCUUCGGGCUAAUUUCGAAAUGUUCGGACCGUUUGGGACUAAUUUGAGAAGACAAGAAUCAUGGAUUCAAUACUUCAAUUUGUUGUUAAUCGAUGCUCCAGUUGGCACUGGAUAUAGCAAAGCAGAAGACGAGAAUAAUAUUUCUACUAACUUCGAGGAUCAUGUUGAUAACUUAGUUACUAUACUAAAAUCGUUUUAUGGGAUACAUGAGGAGUAUUCUAAUACACCAGUUUACAUUUUCGGACAAGGACAUGGGGCACAGCUAGCGGUUGCUUUAGCAGCUCGUCUUGCUCAGAAUAACCUAUUCAAUAACGUUGUAAAAGGAGUUGGUAUUGGCAAUGGAAUAAUAUCACCGGCGCAAGCGUUGACCAAAAUCGGUUUCUACCUUGAAGAGUUUGGAAAGAUCGAUGCUGACGGACGAAAGGUAGUUGAAAACUUUUCAGAUGAAAUAAAUACACUUACUAAUAAUGGACGCUAUGAAGAAGCUUUCGACUUAUUUUUGUCAAUAAAGAAAGUCGUUAACAUAAACGCUGGUGCGGGUGGACUCAACUUAGAUGACAUCUCUGAGAAAUUGACUCGUGAUAAGUUACAAGAAUACUUCAACAGACGUCUUACAGCAGACCAUUAUAAGCUUAUGGAAGAGACUGUUCCACCACUUAUAGGGUUAUCUGGCAAAGUAAUAUACGAUGGACAACGUGACGCUGUUUUAAAAGCAUUCAGGAAUUCUUUAAUGAAACCAGCAGUCGACAAGGUGGAAUAUUUACUUCAGAACACAAACAUCUCGGUGACCAUUUAUAAUGGAAAUUUAGAUGCAAUCUCUAAUACACCAGGUCAAUUAUUGUGGGUUGACAAUUUGCGUUGGUCUGGACAAAAGGAUUUCUUGAAUUAUGUGAGAAAGCCAUUUGUAAGAAGCCGUGGCCUUCAGGGUUAUUACCGAAAGACGUCGCAGUUGCAUUUCUACUGGAUGAACUCCGUGGGACAAUCGGUUCCGCUUGACGGUUACUAUGGCAUGACGAGAAUUCUUCAAAUAAUUACUAACACUGUGUAAUAAAAAUAAGGAAAUAAAUCUAUUUUAUAAAAGUUA